GACACCGUUGACGAGAUCUGGCGGGCUGUGUUCAAAAAGCUGUGCGGUGACGAGCUGUGAGUGCUUGUGCGAGACCGCGAGCUGUGAGAACCUGUGCGAGAACCUGUGCGAGUGCGAGUGUGAGCGUGUGCGAGUGCUGUGAGCGCGGAGCGGCUUGGCAUCAACAGGGGCCAAAUGGAUCCCACAAAGCAGCGAUUGCAGGCUGCCAAGCAGUGGUUUCAAUGCUGGCAGGAUCAAGAACUGCAAGAGAAACCGGCAUCAACAUCAACCCGCCAGCCCAAAUCAAAGGGAGCAGGCACAACACUACAAUCCAUCUCCAACCAGAUGAACGUCCCUCGACAGACGCUUCGACAUGGUGAGAAACGCGAUCAGGGACACGCCAGUGGCGCUGCUAAGAGCGUCGCACCGCACACGGAACACCUUGCACAGGGGGUCGCAGAGCACACGCGACCACCAGUAGACACGGCAUCAGCCUCCUCCUUUUCCUCCUCCUCAGUGCACCAUCAACAGCCACAGCAGAGGAGGCAUGCGCAUGCGGAGACAGACACAAAGACGCCCAAGUUGCUCCACUCUCCCCGGAGUGUGGAAGGGCAAGCGCUCGUGACGGAUGAAGCGCACAAAGCGAGCGAAGCAGAGCAACAAGCCGCCCAGGAUGUCAUUGCAGAACUGACACACGUCAAGUCCGACUGGGAGACGGCGCUUGACUUGAUUGAAUCACUCCAAGCAACGGUUGUUGAGCUCUCGUCCGCACUCGAAGACGAGAUGGAGCGGAGUGCUGCGCUUGAGACGCGGCUGGAGGUGGCCGAGAAGACGGUGAGCGACUACGUGUACCAGGCGCUCAUGGCACACGUGGCGGCACAGGGCGGGGCAGAGCAGGGGCCACCAGCACCAGCAGAAGAAGAACGAGAAGCAGAGGGGAGAGAAGAGGAAACGUGGGAAGAGGAAACGAGGAAAGAGGAGGAGGAGGAGGGAGUUCGGCAGCAGCAGCAGGAGGAGGAGGAGGAGGAGGAGGAGGAGGAGGAGGAGGAGGAGGAGGAGGAGGAGGAGGAGGAGGAACUGCAACAGCAGCGGCAGCGAGUUGGAGUGGAAGGGCCGCAUGACGCAGGGGCUGUGACAGCAAGAGUAUCACAACAACAACUGCAACAACAACAGCAGCAGCAGCAGGGGGAGGAGGGGGAAGAAGAGGAGGGAGAGAAGAAGCACUAUUGAGCUCAUGACUGCCGACACGAGUGGAUGACAUUGAGAUGGGAAUGAUCUGUGGUGCAGGGACCGUGGCACACGUGCAUGUGCGCGAUGGUGAGAUAUGUCAGGGUGAAAGUUGAAGUAAAUGACAUGAAUGAA